AUGUCUCGCAACAAGCACCCUGUCCCCAUGGGUGGUGCAUCCAUCAACCCUGCUGCUGCGACGGAUUCGCAUGUGGCAGGCGCAUUCAGUGAAUGCGCCCCGCCGGCCGAUGCUCACAACUCUGCCUCUGCAGAUUGUGAGCUUCCCAUAGCAGGUGGCGCUUUUACACUGGUGACCCGCGACACCAGGCGCUCGGCCAAAAGCGCACAGACUCGUGAUCACCCACGUAGCUCGGCUCACAGCUCAGCCACCUCAACGGCCCCUCACUUGCUGGCAAGUGCGGAGAGCCGCUAUCCAGUCGAUGAAAAUGGGACCGAUCCUGAUGAAGCAGAGCUCAUGGAUUGGGCGGAUGAGGGAGUAGCCGCCAGUGCUCUCGCAGGUACCACGGAUCCACCAACUGAGGCUCAAACGUAUGCAGGUGCAGCUGGAGCUCACCGUAGACGUUCUCGCGGCUCUCGCCGCAAUGCCAACUGCAACACUGGGCAAAGCCAGCCCCAGACGCGUUGCCCGUCGGCCAAAAUGGUCGCGGAGAAGGAGGAGUAUGCGGCGCUGGAGAACUCAGCGACAAUCUAUGUCCCGUUGGCAAACACGUUCCCCGACCGAGUCAUGCAGGUUGAAGCUCACGUCUUUGCUGCACUCGGACGUCCCGCGGUACACCCCAACCAUAAGGACUACCCGAUCUUUUCAUUCACAAGGUCUGCCGACAAGAUUGGUGUGACGCUGCAUAACUUGGAUGAUGCAGUUCUCCAACAUCCUGGCUACAGCGCCUUACAAAAUCCGUGCUGCCCUUCGCCCCUAUGGAGUCGUUACCCACUUGGAGCCGAUUUAUAUCAACCAUCGCCACCUUGGCGACUAGGAGAUGCUUCUCCAUAUCCCAGCCGGCAUCCAGUUCCCAUUCCUAUCCUGCAUGGCGAAUAUGCCAGCAUGGCAUGUCAGCGCUGCCUGGAAAUCAAUCCAGACAAUUGUCAUUGCGAGGGCUCAAUUCGCCAUCUUGCCCGGCCCAGCAUCUACGAUGAUCUGACUGAUGAAGAAAUGGAAGAGGAGUACAUGGCCAUUAGCAGCUGUGGUACUUCUGCUGACAAGAUCACUGACCUGCAUAUGGAUGAGCCUGCACAUACGCAGCCCCAGCAGUCAGCCUCGGCCCCCUCUGGCCGCAAGCAUGUCACUUUCAACGCAGCCUCUCUUGCAGCCACUGCUGCAAUCGACCAGACGGCUACUAACCUCAACACUGCGCCGACGGCUACUACCGCCGCUCUGGCUGCCUCACACUACAACACUGCGCCGACGACCCCUAGGGCCGCUCUGGCUGCCACACCUACCCACCCUGCCUCCACGACUAUGCCUUCAUCGGCUGCAGUUGUGUCUGAGGUCCCACAGACUGAAGACGUUGACGAAGCACAGCUUCUCCAUGAGCAGUCGCUCUCUGUCUUUGAUGACGAUUUCACCCCUGGCUCGGACAACGGCGAGGGCUUUGCAGAUUCUGAGGAUGAUGAUGAAGCUCACCCCGCAUUGCCUCUGUCAGACAGUAUGAGAAUGAAUGACGAUUCAACCCCUGACUCUGUAGAUACUCGCAGAGGCAUACAGCCCCGCAGACAGCAACCACCACGGCAGGCUCGCACAAAAUCCCAGCAGGGCCGCUCAGGCUCGCAUGCUACGAUGUCUAAUUGGGGAGAUUAUUCAAACCAUGAAGACUUAGCGGCAAACUCAGUAGGUCCACCUCUGCAUUCAUCCUCAUCAGGCAGUGCUUCUCUGCCAGCUCCAGCCUUAUCUCUCAUUCCUGAUGCAUUUUCUUCUGCUCUCAGCCCCGACGCUGCAAAUGACAGUGACAACGAACCAGUCCAUGAUGUCUCUGAUACUCACGACGCUCCUUACCUCGAUUCAGCUGCCAACAGUGAUGCCUCUCCAUAG